UGUCCUGCGUCGUGGAUCUUGGGAGCGGCUCGUUAAGAAAAGUGACCAUGGAAAACAACGAAACCUCAGUGGAUUCCAAAUCCAUUAAUAAUUUUGAAGUAAAGACCAUCCAUGGAAGCAAAUCAAUGGACUCAGGAAUAUAUCGGGACAAUAGUUAUAAAAUGGAUUACCCUGAAAUGGGUGUGUGUGUGAUAAUUAAUAAUAAGAACUUUCAUAAAAGCACUGGAAUGACCCCUCGGUCUGGUACCGAUGUCGACGCAGCCAAACUCAGAGAGACGUUCAUGGGCCUGAAAUACGAAGUCCGGAAUAAGAAUAAUCUUACUCGUGAAGAAACUGUGGAAUUGAUGGAUAAGGUUUCUAAAGAGGACCACAGCAAACGGAGCAGUUUCGUUUGUGUGAUUCUAAGCCACGGCGAUGAAGGGAUCAUUUAUGGAACAAACGGGCCCAUCGACCUGAAAAAGCUAACUAGUUACUUCAGAGGCGACUACUGCCGAAGCCUGACUGGAAAGCCCAAACUCUUCAUCAUCCAGGCCUGCCGGGGUACGGAGCUGGACUGUGGCAUUGAGACAGACAGCGCAACUGACGAUGACAUGGCCUGCCAGAAGAUACCCGUGGAAGCCGACUUCCUGUAUGCUUACUCCACGGCACCUGGUUACUACUCCUGGAGAAAUUCAAAGGACGGGUCCUGGUUCAUCCAGUCCCUCUGUGCCAUGCUGACACUGUAUGCCCACAAGCUUGAGUUUAUGCACAUUCUUACUCGCGUUAACCGGAAGGUAGCAACAGAAUUCGAGUCCUUCUCCCUGGAUGCCACUUUCCAUGCGAAGAAGCAGAUUCCGUGUAUUGUGUCUAUGCUCACAAAAGAACUCUACUUUUACCACUAAGGAAACGAUUGGGGGUUUAUUUCUCUUUGUUUUGUUUUGAAUGCCAAAUGGGGAAACGGUUUCAGGCGUUUAACUCAAAUUUGAUGUUCCAGAUGGUACUUUGAACCAUACCACUACCCUAGCAAUGCAGCCACAGUGCAGCUACCUCAAGUUCAACAUCAGGUAGUUGAAAUGGAAUUGAAUUAGGAACAAGUAAAUGUCAAUGAUGGUACUAUCAUAAUAGAGGAAAUUACAAAUUUACCUUUUUUUAUAAUUAGCAAGAUUUGCUGAUACUAUGAAUUUUAAAGUAAUUAUGAAGAAUAAUUAAACAUGAUUUUAUACUCCCUAUUCACACUAAGAAUGUCAUCCUAGUUUUUGUUAAACUAUAGGAAUAAUAGUGUCAAAUGAUACGCCUUGGAAUUUGAAUCUGUGGGCAGAGUCAAAGGCUUGAGCCUUUAUUUUGGAGGUGAUGUAUGGAAAUGAAGCAGUGGACCCCCAGUAGCGUUCACUGUAGCCGCUGGCUUUGUGACGUGUCCUGAGCAUGUAUUUGUUAUUUAAAAAAAAUCAUGUUUUAUUGUCGAAAAAAAAA